CGCCUAGCAGCAUUUUGCUUGCCGUUCUUAGAUUUUCUUUCCUCCCUUCUGCUCCAGCCUCUCUUUCUAGCCCCUUCUGGUCUUUUCUGCCCUCCUACAUUCUCUGUUCUCCCCUUUUUCUACCCCCUCACUCUCUCUCUCUCUCUCUCUCUCUCACACACACACACACAGACACUCAUUUCUCUGCUUCAUCUUCAAAAUGCAGUACAAGAAUCUGGGUCGAUCAGGUCUCAAAGUCUCUCAGCUUUCCUACGGAGCUUGGGUCAGCUUCGGCAACCAACUAGACGUGAAAGAAGCCAAAUCGCUCCUCCAAUGCUGCCGAGACCGCGGAGUGAACUUCUUCGACAACGCCGAGGUCUACGCCAACGGCCGAGCAGAAGAGAUCAUGGGCCAAGCCAUUCGAGAGCUCGGAUGGAAACGCUCGGACAUUGUUGUCUCAACCAAGAUCUUCUGGGGAGGUCCUGGACCUAAUGACAAGGGUUUAUCGAGAAAACACAUAAUAGAGGGCACUAAGGCUUCGUUGAAAAGGCUUGAUAUGGAGUAUGUGGAUGUGAUCUAUUGCCAUAGGCCUGAUUCGGGUACGCCUAUUGAGGAGACUGUGAGGGCAAUGAAUUAUGUGAUUGAUAAAGGGUGGGCGUACUAUUGGGGAACCAGUGAAUGGUCUGCUCAGCAGAUCACGGAGGCGUGGGGGAUUGCGCAGAGGUUGGAUCUUGUUGGGCCGAUUGUGGAGCAGCCGGAGUACAAUUUGCUCAAUAGGCACAAGGUUGAGUCUGAGUUUGUUCCUCUGUAUACUAACUAUGGCAUAGGUCUUACCACAUGGAGUCCACUUGCGUCUGGAGUUCUGACUGGGAAAUAUAACUCGGGAACCAUUCCACCUGAUAGUCGGUUUGCACUGGACAAUUACAAGAACCUCGCUAGCCGAUCAUUGGUGGACGACGUGCUAAGGAAAGUUAAUGGAUUGAAACCAAUUGCAGAUGAACUGGGUGUGCCUCUUUCUCAACUUGCAAUUGCUUGGUGUGCUACCAAUCCUAAUGUCUCAUCAGUUAUUACUGGUGCCACUAAGGAGUCUCAGAUUCAAGAGAACAUGAAGGCAAUUGAUGUCAUUCCACUGCUGACACCUGCUGUGAUGGAGAAGAUUGAGGCUGUUGUUCAAAGCAAGCCAAAGCGUUCAGAUUCGUAUCGCUAAACACGAUGUGCCCUUGUGUUUUUUCGGGCAAUGCUCUGCUGAUUCUAUGGCUUUUUUAUUGUUAUACAAAGAAACGGUCUUCUUUCUUUUAAUUGUGUGCCAGACAAUUAUCAAUCAUUCUUGCCCAUUGGAUUGUUUAUUUACAUGAAAAUCAUUUCAGAUAUUGUCUUUUUUGUGCAAAACAUGUACUGCAGCAGUGAUUGGAAGUCUGUUCCUAGUUAUCUAUAAGUUGGUUUCAUUGGAGAAUUAGG